AAUCAAACGGACCUGUAUAGGAGUAAUGGGUGGUAAAUAAGGGCAGGGUGCAUAAUAUAUACAGUUAGAGACAGUGGCAAAUUGUAUUACCCUUCUUGUUGUGAGAAAGAGGUACAUGGAGCUGUAGUAAGAAGAACUCUAGUCUGAGCGAUUAUUUUUGGUACAGCACCGUGGAGUGGUGUUGGUGGAAAUAAAUUUUAGUUUCACAUCUUGUAGUAUGUGAUAGCCUUUCUAUGGUCAUGAGCCAGACAGAAGAACCUCAAGGUAGUUCACCAAGAUCCCCAGAACCAAGUAAUGACAAUACGGAAAUUUAUCAGUGGAUGGUGGGCAUUGUUUGUGUACUCAUCGCCUUCACUCUCAUCACCAUCAUCGGUCUUCUCUUCAGAUUAUUCUUUCAUUAUGUUCAAGAAAGAAGGCUGAAAAGGUUUGGUUAUAUUCGAACAAAACUCAAAAGAAGAAAGCGUCGAGAUCGCUCUCAUCGUGCUUACGUGGUAGCAUCCAAACGAUUACCUCCCGUCCCCACCCUUUCCCAACGGGUUCAUGUCGAUGAAUACGGACAUCCCGUGGUCGAUGGUUAUGGAUAUAUACCUCCUCCACCUUCCCAUCCUCCUCCUGCUCCUCCGAUUAACUAUCAUCCUGGCGUGGUACAGAGUUCCAGGGUGUUUGUUCCUAUUCUAGAAUCCGAGCCUCCAUCCGAAGGAUUACUCAUUGGUUCGCCGCAGCCAUACAUAGAGCAACAAGUUCCUCACCAGCUUACCAAUCAUGAGCAGGAUUUGCAUGUGACCCGUCCAUCACGCUUCCAGCAUGGCCCUUCUCAUCCCCCAACCAUCCCAGAGGAGGAAGGCUCGCAUCAAAACACGACACAAGAUGCGUUACCAGGGCAACAAGAACAUCCGCCACCGAAACAAGAUGACGAUCAUUCACCCGAGUACGAUCAAGGUCCAACUACCGGUAGUGCAUCCGUUGAAGAUUACGGCGGAUGGCAGCGCUCUGCUCCAGAGGAUUUCGUCUUCGGAAGACGGAGUUCCAGUCGACGUUUAGGCCCUCGACCGCAUAGUCAUCAUUCAGGGAAUCGUCGAGAUCGAGAGGAUCGGGAUCUUCUGUAUCAGUCAGUACCACCAUCCAUGGUCGACCGGGCAGUCGUAAGGAACCCGAUGUUUUCCCGUGAACAUGAUAAUAGGGUUUAGGAACGUUAGGGAUUUCUGAUAUACCAUAUUUUUGUACUCAACCUCUUUACGCAAAAUCGAUAUACAUCAGACGUAUUUGUGUGUGUGCGUGGGUGUGUGUGUAUGGGAGGGUGCAUAAUUUCGAUUGUAUCGAUGGUGAUAAUGUUUAAGGUACAGCAUACAAUUAUGCAAUGUGUAAGCAGAGGCUGUCAUUCGCUUCCAAAAUGUAUUUUAUCACAAAAACCUAUUAAAUCCGCAGUGACUUUGUAAAUUUCAUUUGACACAAUGGAUCUUCAGCAUGCUCAACAAAAUGGUCGUCUGAAUCCUUUAUUCACUGAUACUGAUUUCUUUUUUUAAGGCAGAGUAUAAUUUUUUAAAUAUAUAUCUUGUUAAAUAGCAACAUUUCAAACCCCUACCCGUAGGCCUACUUGGUACAGUGUUUCUUUGUUUGCUUCUACCUAUAUCUUACGAAAUCUGCACUAUAGUAUAUAUAUUGCCAUUAAUUAUGAUAAAAAAUCCCAAUAUCAAUCUUGGAAUUAAAAUCGUAAUUUAAAGCUCAUAUGAAUUUUGCAACAAAUAAUACUGGUUAUAUUCUACAGUUCAUCUUCCAGCUGCGAUUUGUAAUUGCUAUCUAUAUUCAUUUUGAAAUUAAAUUUAACUUUAUUUCCAUAUAUAUAUAUAUUCACUGCAUAUAAUGUCUAUCGCAAUCAUUUUAUAGCCUCAGAAAACAGAUGAGAACUAAAAGGGUUGAAUGAGUUUUACUCGUUCUCAUUCGCAUCAUGGCAGCAUUUUCAGUUCAGUGCAUGAUUAUUAUCCUUAUUAUUAUUGUUAUUAUCACCAACAUUAUUAUUAUUAUCAUUAUUAUUAUCAUUAUGAUUAUCACUAUUAUAAUUAUUUUGUUGUUUUUGUUGUAACAAAUACGGUUUUAUGAUAUCAGAGGGAGGAAAAUUUUUCACUAAGGAGAGAUAAAUUAUUACUCCUAAAUAUUGAUCCUGCUAUUUUCUCUACAAAAAAGUUGGCAAGCCUACUAACACGUGUCUCACGCUUCCAAAAUAGAGCACGUGAAAUGUAUUUUAUACACCUUUUGAACCAAUUAGGGCCAAGAGGCAUGCCCCCCCUGCAAGCUUCUGUCCGGAUGCGUGCAUAAUUUAUACAGAUAUCGAAUAAAAAAAAACCGAUGUCGAAAAUGCUUGACCAUGCAUACUUAAAAAAAUAUAAUCAAACUCUUUUGUGUUUGGCUUUCAUGUAUUCUGUACCAUUUACCAUUACACAGUGCGUAUAAAAAAAACGGGACAGAUUUGAAAAGUCUAUAAAUUUUCUGUUUCA